ACUGCUUGUCAGUUCAGUGGAGUAAAUUGUCAAGUCCAGUACAGAUUUGUAUAGCGAUGCAAAUAAAACUUAAAUAAAUUUAAAAAUUGGUGAUAUAAUUUAAGAUUCCAGUGGAAAUUCGUGUUCAAAAAUUUGCCAAAUGAACAAUAUGUUUAAAAUUUUAUAAGGCAGGAAGAAAAUGAUGUUGUAUGAAUAGUAAACGACAUGAAUCCAAAACCCACAAUUUACCAUGAAAAACAGGUUAAAGAGCUGUGCGCUUUGCAUGCGCUUAACAAUUUAUUCCAGACUCGUGGAACAUUCUCCAAAUCGGAGCUUGACUCGAUAUGCAGCCGGUUGUCGCCGAACGUAUGGAUCAACCCGCACCGCUCGAUGCUGGGGCUCGGCAACUACGACAUAAAUGUCAUCAUGGCAGCCUUGCAGAAGAAGGGCUGCGAGGCUGUAUGGUUUGACAAAAGAAAAGAUCCAGGCUGUCUGGACUUGUCCAACAUUUGUGGAUUCAUCCUCAAUGUGCCAUCAGACUACAAAUUAGGCUUUGUGAUGCUGCCACUGCGUCGGCGCCACUGGAUCACCAUCAGGCAGAUACAAGGCAACUUCUACAAUCUGGACUCGAAGCUGGAAGCCCCACAGCUUAUAGGAAGGAGUAGUGAUUUAAUAGCAUAUCUAAAGGAGCAGUUAGAAAGCAAAGAGAAGGAACUGUUUGUGGUUGUGAGCAAAGAGGUGGAUGAGAAGCAGCUAUGGAUGCACCAGUAUGCACUGCAGAACAACCUACACAGCCACAAUACAAACCACCAUGACAGCCCCGACAGCACCUCCAUGGCGGAGUAUGACUGCCGGAAUCGUGACGUGGAGUGCCUCAGAGUGACCGACAUUAGGAACUAUGCAGACUUCAAGGAGAACAGUUUGCAAUAGCAUGCAUUUUCAAUAUUCAUAGACUGUGACAGCAAUUGUCGCAAUAUUCUUUCUGUGUGUUGUGUGAUGAAAGUGGUUUUAUAAUGUCUCAAUUUAUUGGACUAGGUGUUGGUCUGCGUCCUUGGCUAAUGCAGUACAUAAGGUUUUGUUUUUAUUUACAUGAUUUUGUUUUAUUUUAUUAGUCAAUACUUUAUUUUUUGGUUUUGCACAAAAUUUUCAUGAAUUGUUCAAAUAAGAUUAGAAAUUCUUAUUAUAAGUUUUUGGCCUAUUGUUAAUAUAAUAAGGAAAGUAUUCUUCGUUUUUAUAGUCAACAUUUUGAACUAAAUAUAUUAUCAAUCUACAUUGUUCCAAAUAGAAUCUAUGCAUAAUGUAAAAUCUGAAUGGUGUAUUUCAGCCUACACUUUUUGUAGUAUAGAAUUUUAAUGUAAUAGUAAAUAAGGUAGAAUGAAACUGUAGAUAUGUGGAGCGGCAGUGCACUGCCCGCGCCACUCCCAAGUGCAAUAGGUACAAUGCCAAAUGUCUUAACCAAACUGUUCAAACUCAAGAGUAAGUGGACUAUAAUAAAUAAAUAGGUAAUUAUGAAGCACAUAUACAUAAGACAAUUUUACUAUUUUGUUUGUUUUCAAGCACAAUAUAUUUUAGAUUUAUCUAUUUUGCAAUAUUUUUUUUUUGUUAAUAUCUUGCGUCAUAUCAAGCCUUGAAUAAUUAUGUGAAUAAUUGACAUCACUUUGUGAAAUAAUUUGGUAGAUCUUGUUCUGUAACUUUGUAAAUAUAAAAUAUUUUUUCAAAAAAUAGAAAGUGUGAUGGAGAUAA